CAUCUCAUCAGAAUCUGUGCUUAGAACUGGGGUAAGAGAGAGCAGCACGACAGAGAGAGAGAGAGCGAGCGAAAGAAAGAUGGCGACUGCGCCGCAUCAUUCGAUGUCCAUUAUUUUUCUGUUUUGCGUGGUUGUGCUGAGCUCUCUUUUUCUCGGCUGCAUCUGCUCUUCUCUCGACGACGUUCAUCACACCAUUCAAGUCAGCUCUCUCCUGCCAGAGUCUUCUUGCAAAUCCUCCCUCACCCCUCAACAAGAUGAUGACAAAAGAUCAAAGCUCAGAGUGGUCCACAAGCAUGGCCCUUGCAACCAACUGGUUCAGGACAGAGCAAAUGCACCAACCCAUGAGCAAAUCCUCCUCCGAGAUCAAUCAAGGGUCAAGUCCAUUCAAUCAAGGUUCUCCAAAACCACUAGUACCAUUACCAGCGACACCAAUCGCGUGAGGGACUCGAAGGCUAAUCUUCCAGCGCUAUCGGGCAGCACAGUCGGCGCGGGCAAUUACAUAGUGACCGUGGGCCUCGGCACGCCGAAGAAGGACCUGUCCCUCAUUUUCGACACGGGUAGUGACCUCACUUGGACCCAGUGCGAGCCGUGCGUGAAAUACUGCUACAAGCAAAAAGAGCCGACUUUUAACCCUUCACUGUCCGCAUCCUAUACCAACAUCUCUUGUUCCUCCUCACUCUGCUCUGCCCUCAUUUCUGCCACAGGAAACACUCCGGGGUGCACAUCGUCGACGUGUGUCUACGGCAUACAGUAUGGAGACUCCUCGUUCUCAGUUGGGUUCUUCGGAAAAGAGAAAUUGACAUUGACGUCCACGGAGGCAUUUGACAAUUUUUUAUUUGGUUGUGGCCAGAACAACCAAGGCCUCUUCGGCGGGGCUGCAGGGCUGCUUGGACUCGGCCGAGACAAACUUUCUUUAGUGCAACAAACCGCGAGCAAGUACGGCAAGUAUUUUUCGUAUUGCCUACCAUCGUCAUCUAGCUCCACCGGACACUUGACCUUUGGCAGAGGCAGUGGAGCAUCUAGUUCCGUAAAAUUCACGCCCUUGGCUACAAUCUCGCAAGGUGAUAAUUUUUAUGGCAUCAACAUAGAAGGAAUAAGUGUAGGCGGGACUAAACUGCCGAUCUCCUCAAGUAUUUUCUCGAAUGCCCCCGGGAUCAUAGACUCGGGCACUGUGAUCACUCGCUUGCCACCCACUGCAUAUAGCGCACUCUCUAGCGCUUUCAAGAAAUUGAUGACAAGAUAUCCAACGGCACCUGCUCUUUCGAUCCUAGACACCUGCUAUGACCUUAGCAAGUAUAAGUCGGCGACAAUACCGAAAGUCAGCUUCCUUUUUAGCGGUGGAACCAAUGUUGACUUGGACCCUUCAGGAAUAUUGUAUGCUGCGAGUGCGUCGCAGGUCUGCCUGGCAUUUGCUGGAAAUGGGGAUGAUACGGACGUUCUGAUAUAUGGGAAUGUGCAGCAGCAGAGUUUUGAGGUGGUGUAUGAUGUCGCUGGAUUGAAGCUUGGGUUUGGUCCAAAGGGUUGUGCCUAAAGACCAGUUAGUGAUGGGGAAAAUCCCUGCACUAGCUCUUGAUGUUUACUGAUACUUACAACGUUAGUAGAGUAAGGUUUUAGAAUAAUGACCCGCAUGCCAAAAGGAAGCGGUGUAUAGAUUGUUGUCGUGAGCUUGGAAUCUGGUUUGGCUUUCAUAUAUAUAUGUAGGUGCAGUCAAGACUCUAUAGUGAAAAGGCAAAUUAAAGAAAAUGAGCGAUAGGAAGACACUGUUACAAUCAAUUUGAUCGCUAUGUAAGACACUGUUAUUCAUCAUUAUGAUGAGCCACACAGCUUUGAGAUUUUACAUAAAUCAGGAAGCUGGAGCUUUGUGCUAUCA